GGGGGGUUCCGCAUCUUCAUCUGGGCCCGGAGCGAACCCAUCGGCUGGUUCAUCAGGAGGCUCUGGUAGCAGUAGCACCCUUUUGAGUGCUGACGCUUUGCCACAUGCGGGUCACGCGAGCAAAGAGCAGAUGCUUAAUGCAAUGCUCGAGAGAGCUCGAUACUUCGCACAUAGUCAGCUAGCCGUCCAAAGGGUCGUGUUUGGGAAGGAAAUCACUUCCCUGUGCUACCAAAUGCUCUCCUGCGAACAAGCAUACCAGCACUUGAUACAACCGUACUUGUCACUUUUCUGCUUAUGUUUGAUGUGCUUGUACAGUUGUAGUAAUAUUAGGCACUAGUACAACUACAACAACUAGAAGUAGGAGUCAGUGAGUCUCAUUCACGACUCAACAUGAGCAUGAACAUUCGUCCAGGAGGCGUGGUAAAGAUAAUAUUCAUUGGGAAGCACAUGAUGUUGCAGGAGUAAGAUGCUGAUGCUACAAGACACCAAAAGUACAGGUAUCUUUCCAAGCUUGCCUGGGAUCCAGAGGCAGAUGUGCGGAG